AGUGUCAGAUAAUUGGAAGGGUAGGGUGAGGCAGGAAACCACGACACGCCUUUGUUGGGACUUGUUAAAGAGCACGGGAAUAGAAGAGCAGAAGAAGAGUGAGAAUAAACCAGGUUAAAUAAAGAAGAGGUGAACAUUUUUGGAUGAUCACUCAGAUUCCGCACACCUUUGGGAGGACAUGAUAUAAAGUGAAGGUGGCAAAUUUUUGGUAGAAAGGAAGCGACUAAGGAGAAAAACAGAUUUUCAGUUCAGUAACCAAAGCACUCCAGGUGGCAAUGAUAUGGAUUCUGUAACAAAGAAAACAAGGCAAGAUGGAUCAGAAGUUACUGAAAGACUUAUUACAGAGACUGUAACCACAAGACUGACGUCCUUGCCACCCAAAGGAGGGAGCAGCAGUGGGCUCAAAACAUCAUCCCACACUGGAGGGAGUGGAGUGGAAAAGAGGUCUUACACCCAUGGCAGCAGCUACGUGACCUCAAGUGGAAGUGGUAGAUUGAAUUCAACAUCAUCAUCCUCUGGCUACAGACAAGCCCAGUCUCCCAGCUCUACUCUCACCAAAUCACCUGGCUCAACAUUUGAAAGGAAAACCUAUGUCAACCGCCAUGCAACUUAUGAAGGGAGCUCCAGUGCCAACUCUUCUCCUGAGUUUCCCAGAAAAGAUUUUGCAUCUACCUCCACCAGAGGGAGAAGCCAAAGUCGGGAGAGUGAAAUACGAGUCCGGCUGCAGAGUGCAUCUCCCUCUGGCAGAUGGACAGAGUUGGAUGACGUGAAGCGUUUGCUGAAAGGAAGUCGAUCAGCCAGCUGCAGCCCCACACGAUCACCAUCAAGUACACUCCCGAUCCCAAAAAAGGCUGUGGUGGAGACAAAGAUGGUCACUGAGAGCUCUCAGUCAGUGUCAGGGACAUAUGACACAACCAUACUGAAUACUGCCCUCCCUUCAUACAUGUGGUCCUCCACUCUGCCUGCUGGGUCUUCCCUUGGUGGAUACCAUAACAGCUCCUCCUUGAUCAAUGCCAUGUCUCACUCCACGGGAUCAGUUUUUGGUGUUCCAAAUAAUCUGGCUCCCAGCAAUCAUACUCUGAAUACAGGCCUGAGCUCUUCCUCUACAGUGUUUGGAGUUCAAAACAACCUGUCUCCAAGCUCUUCAACCGUGACCCAGAAUGCUACUGCAGCCUCCGCAGCAUAUGGGAUGAAAAACACCUCUCAGAGCAACACCACGGCAAGCACUGCUGUGUCUGCUUCAGCAGGAGGAGCUGUCUUGAGCUCCCAAGGAGAUGACAUUUUGCGUAAAGACUGCAAGUUCCUGCUGCUGGAGAAGGAGAAUGCCCCAGCAAAGGAGAUGGAGCUCUUGGUUAUGACAAAGGACAGUGGCAAAGUCUUUAAUGCCUCUGCCACUGGGCUUAAUGGAGAUGAUACCUUGAAGAAGGAGAAGCAGGGAUUUUCUUCCUCUUAUGCUGCAGAUACUGGCCUAAAAUCAGAUGCAAAUGGAGGACUGAAAUCCAUGCCAAAAAGAGACAAAGAAACUUAUGCAGAAAUACGAAGUGGUGAUGUGGGGGGUGCAAUUGGGUCAGCACCAUCCUGGUGUCCCUGUGGUUCCUGCUGUACCUGGUGGAAAUGGCUCCUGGGUUUACUUCUAGCCUGGUUGUUUCUCUUUGGAUUGCUCUUUGGACUCAUUGCUCUGGCGGAAGAAGUGAGAAAGCUGAAAUCUCGUGUGGAAGACCUGGAAAAAAUCAAUGGUGGCCUCCUGGCAAUUAACCAAGGGAAUUCAAAAUUAGAAAAAGAUGCUAGAAUAGACUUUCUUCAUGGUAUCUCACCCUCCUCGACCUUCCCUUAUGAAAAUGAAGAGUCAGUCUGGUUGAUGGUGAAGAGCAGACUGAACAAGGAAAUGGAACGAGGCUACUUCCGAGGGGAGAAAGGAGAACGUGGUGAGAAAGGUGACAUGGGAGUGCAAGGUCCCAAAGGAGACCGAGGACUUCCUGGUGUUCCAGGCAUUCCUGGUCCAAUUGGGCAUCAAGGACCAGAAGGACCAAAAGGACAGAAAGGCAGCAUGGGUGAGCCUGGAAUAGAAGGUCCCAUGGGACAAAGAGGUCGAGAGGGUCUACCAGGGCCUCGAGGGGAGCCAGGACCACCUGGAUUGGGAGAAAAAGGAGACAGAGGUGCUAUUGGUGAGCCAGGUCCUCCUGGGCCACCUGGACCCCCAGGUUCUGCUGGCCUAAAAGGUCUUAUGGGUUCUCCAGGCCCACAAGGUCCUCCAGGUCCUCCUGGCCUACAAGGAUUUAGAGGAGAAGCAGGUCUCCCAGGUGCUAAAGGUGAGAAAGGAGCCAGUGGACCUCCUGGGCCCAAAGGUGAUCAGGGAGAGAAGGGUUCUCGUGGAAUGACAGGUGAACAAGGCUCAAGAGGAAUGCCUGGACCUCCAGGAGAGCCAGGGGCUAAAGGACCUGCAGGACAAGCUGGCCGUGAUGGACAGCCAGGUGAAAAAGGUGAACCAGGUCUUAUGGGAAUGCCAGGUGUUCGAGGCCCUCCAGGACCCUCUGGAGAUGCAGGAGAGCCAGGUCUCACAGGACCCCAAGGACCACCAGGACUUCCAGGCAACCCAGGCCGACCAGGGGCUAAAGGAGAACCUGGAGCUCCAGGAAAAGUCAUAAAUGCUGAGGGCUCAUCAACUAUUACCCUGCCAGGCCCACCAGGUCCCCCAGGCCCACCUGGCCCCACUGGACCUCCAGGUGUUCCAGGUCCUGCUGGCCCAGCUGGUCUCCCUGGACAGCAAGGUCCACGGGGUGAGAAGGGAUCCCCAGGUGAAGCUGUGGUAGAAACUAUCAAAACAGAAGUCUCAUCAUUAGCAUCUCAAAUGCUGGGAGAUUUACAAGGGCGAGCAGGACCACCAGGUCCCCCUGGACCACCAGGUGAAUCUGUGCAGGGACUCCCUGGACCUCGUGGUCCACCAGGAUUACCAGGACCUCCAGGCCCACCAGGGAGACCAGGAUCUUCCAUGUCCACCUCAGAAGGAUUCUUCACGGGCCCGCCAGGUCCACCAGGACCACCAGGCCCGAAGGGAGACCAAGGCGAACGAGGUCCACGAGGACUCACGGGAGAACCGGGUGAACCUGGCCUUUCAGCAUUCUCCUCCCAUGGUGAAAGAGUCACCAUACAGGGUCCCCCAGGCCCACCAGGCCCACCUGGACCAAAAGGUGAUGCAGGUGUCCCAGGUGCUCCCGGCAUCCCAGGAGCAUCUCGAGGUGGAUCCAGGCAAAUUCAGGGGCCCCCAGGACCUCCUGGGCCACCCGGUCCUCCUGGCCCAGGUGGAAGUUCAUCUCAAGAGAUUCAGCAGUAUGUCACUGACUACCUGAAGAGUGACAACGUAAGACAUUAUUUGACUGGUGCCCAGGGCCCACCAGGCCCUCCAGGCCCACCUGGAGUUAUCACCACUGCAGAUGGGAUGACCCUGGAUUAUGCAGAGCUGGCUACCCGUGUUAUGAGCUAUAUGACAAGCUCUUCAGGUCGCUAUGAGUCAUUUGCCAGCUCAGCAUCAACUACAUCCAUUUUGUACCAAGAACUUCUGGACCUGCUGCAGCGAGAAGAAAUUCGUCAGUAUCUCAUUGGACCUCGGGGCCCACCAGGACCUCCUGGACCAGGGGGAGAUGGCACAUCUCUGUCACUGGAUUAUGAUGAGCUGACCAGGCGGUUUAUCAGCUAUUUGACAAGUUCUGGUAUGAGCAUUGGACUUCCUGGACCACCUGGGCCUCCAGGGACUCCUGGUAUAUCCUACAGUGACCUCACAGCAUACCUGCGAAACUCUGAAUUCAGUGGAUUUGUUGGGCCACCUGGUCCUGCAGGGCCCCCAGGACCUCCAGGGAUCCCUGGAACACCAGGCACCACUUUGGAGGAUGUCUCUGCCUACCUACAAAACGUGGGAUACUCUUCCCUUUCUGGAGUCCGGGGCCCACCUGGUCCUCCUGGCCCUCCAGGACCCCCAGGCUUCUCAGGAACUGGCCUUUUGUCCUAUGCUGACAUCACCCACAGCGAUGAGUUCAGGAGUGAGCUGAUCCAGUACCUGAAGAGUGAUGAAGUUCGAAGCUACAUCUCAGGGCCGCCUGGGCCCCCUGGGCCACGGGGACCACCAGGACCCAAAGGAGACAGUGGCUUCAUGGCUGGGUCUAUGUCUUCAUCCUACCAAGGGUUACUGACUUCUGAGCGCUCACAUGGAGGAUCCCUUGGUGCUGAGGGCUCCCAUGGGGGGUCACUGGGCACAGGCAGCUCAUAUGGCAGCUCCAUGAGCAGGAUGUCCUCUUACCACUCCUCAGCGGGCAGCGAUGGCACUUACGGUGCCUCCAUGGGUGGUGAUGGGACUUACGAUGGGUUGCUGACGGAGGAAGAAUCCCACAGCAGAUCAGCAGGUUCAAGCAGAUCCUAUAGCAAUUCCUUCUCUGGUUCCCUGGAUUACAACGAGCUGGCACUCCGUGUGUCAGAGAGCCUACAGAGCCGAGGUAUUCUUCAGGACCUGAUGUCUUACACUGCACAGGGACCCGCAGGUCCCCCAGGCCCUCCUGGUCCCCCUGGCAUCAGCAAGGUCUUUGCAGCCUAUGGCAAUGUCACUGAUGACCUCAUGGACUUCUUUAGAACUUAUGGUGCCAUCCAGGGGCCACCCGGUGAAAAGGGAGAGAGGGGUUAUCCUGGACCCAAAGGUGACCCUGGACCAAUGGGCCCACCAGGACGACAAGGGCACAGGGGACCGAAAGGAGAGAAAGGAGAGAAAGGUGAACAAGUGUAUGUUGGCAGAAGAAAAAGAAGAAAUGUUGGGGUUUAAGGAAAGAGGCAGCUCAGUUCUGCACAGGGCAGCAAUCCCAGCAGCCUGUAGAGAAUUAGCCUGACUCUUCACUGCCUUAAUGCUAAACAGUCCUUUGCCACUCAGCUGACCCCUUAGACUUGAUAGUUCAGCGUUGCUGCAGAGAUCUGAAUGUCUCCUGUACGUGUCCAGCAUGGCCCCAGUGUGGGUGUUUGCUCCUGUUACUGAUGUUUGCCUGCCUGACCCUGAGCUCCCAGGCUGACAAGGGCUUCCUGUCUCACCUAGUCCCGGCUUCUUGUAUUGCUCCCAGCUAUGUAAAAACCUGGGUUUUUUUAACAAGUAGCCAACUAUCCAGCAAAAAAAAAAAAAAAAGCAAUUCCACCCCCACCAAAUGCUGUGCUUUGUCAGGGAUCAGAUGCAGGAUCAGCCCACAGGAUACAAGACCCUGCAAGAUACUGUGGGACUGAGCUUGCACCGCACUGGGAUUCCCUCUCCACAAACCCUGCUGGCCCUAAAUGGGAGGCAGCAGCACAGCAAGACAGGACAUGCACAGGGACCAAACAGAAGCACUUUUAAAAGUAAUUUGUUUAUCUUUUUAAAAAUAUUUUUGUAUUUUUUUUCUGGUUUUCUAAACACUGGGGAAACAUAAUUUUAAUGUAAACAGCCCAAUUAAAGUGUGUUUUUAAGCCAAUCCCUGAACUACUCAGGACCACCUUUCUGUGCUUGCAGGUUGUGUUGUGGGGCAGGGUGAGGCACCUGAGAGGGGUCUGAGGUACAGUGGUAAAAUACAAUGGCACAGUGUUAAAUACUUUUUAUGCUCAGUUAUUUUAAAAAUUCUAAAUUGUCCUCUUCACUCCAAAAUCACUUGUAUUUCAUGCAAGUUUUCCAUCAACAAAACAGAGACAAUCUCAGCAAACUGUGAUUUUUUUAUUGUAUUUACAGCAGAAUUAUUACAAUAUUCUACAGAAAGCCAUGAAAUCAAUUACUUUUAAAAACAAGACCAAAAAAAAAAAAACAAACCAAAAUCAUUGUAUGGCUGCUACUGCAAGUUCACUUCCAUGAGCUGUACAGAAACCCUUAGCCAAUUAUUCAUCCAUCUCAUGAUUUUUGGUUGCUUUCUGUAAGGCAAAAGUAACUUGUUUUGCAGUUAACACAAAACAUGCAAUGAACUGCUGGGAGAACACGAGGCCGGCGGUGCCUCAGUGGAUGUGCUUUGUCACAGGACUGUGACAGGACUCCCGCUCUGCUUGGCUUGCUGACAGAACAUGUGGGUGACAGCUCAAUGUCAGAUUUGACUCCAUGUCCCUUUCUAGUUUCUGUUCUUUCCACCAUUUUAGGACUGAUACUGUAAAAGAGGCCUUACCACUUAGUUUGGUAAUUGGGGAAGAGAUUUUGGAAAAUCAGAGUAACUUUGGGCUCAGCCACUCCCUUUUGCUUUUGGUACAAUGGAAGCACAUGAGCCUUUAGUGAUGAGCUGGGUCAGAGCGUGUUUGUAUUCAAGGGGUUGUUCUUCUCUGGCACCACUGACUGCCCCAAUGCCAGAUGUGCAAAGGAGCUACAGAAAUGAAGCACAAGAAUUGAGGUGGGAGAAAGGGGGCAGAAAACAACUAAAAGUUCUGUAAAAGAGAAACAUUGUAGAGUUUUCUUUUGUCUUCUCCCUUUUAUCUGUUCUCAUCUUUUGUAAGACUGAGAAACAAGAGGGCAUCCUGGCCUUGGCUUGCCUGUGAACAAGGAAGGUUAUUUCUCUCUGACCUUAUUUCAACUGCUGUGAAGAUGGCAGAAGUAGUCUGAAAAUGGGAAAUAUGCACAGACACAUCAAUGCAAGGAAGUUUCUGAGAUCAAGAAGUACAGGUUUUGACACAAAAUGACAAGAAUAUAAAUGUUAACAUAGAAGGCAGAGAACUUAUGUACACAGUGACUGUACUAAACACUCCUCCCUCCCCUUCCUCCAACAACCAGAGUCACUGUCCUGAAAAACUUGCCCCACUUCCCCAGCUAAACCAAGAAACAGGAGUUCAGUGGAAGCAGCCAGCACUGAGCUUAUUUGCACAUUUCAGUUUCCAGCAAGAUCAGUGUUAGAGGUCCUGGGAGCUGCAGCUGCACGGCAGCUCUGAAAAUCAGGCUGCCUAAAAGUGGACUUAAGUGCCUGAAUUUAAAACACCUUAUUCAAGUCUUUCCUAUACCAAAGCAUCCUUGAAAUUCUUGCAAGACAGAUAUUGUUUCAGCUGGAGAACCAACUUAAACUUCCAGUGUGAUUUUGCUGUCACAAAGGACAUGGUGUGAUGAAAGAAAUUUCUUUGCUGCUUUGCUUGGCUGCAUCUUAGUUACGGUGCUACAUUUCUUAUUUAUUAAGAAAAAUAAUUCAGUAGCAUGGAGUUGUCAUAAAGUCCUCUGGGAUAGAAGAAUAAUUUUUUAAACUGUGUGAUUGAUUAGAUAUUGAACACCCAUGAAUGUAAUUUUAAAAGGGUAUUAGCUGAAAAGAUUAUCUGGAAAAAAGGAUGCAGCUCAACUGGAAUUUAACAGUAUUUUAACAGUAUUUUAACUGAUGUGAAAAAUCACUGUGAGUGAAUGCCAGCAGUCAGGACAGCAGCCCUGCCACCUUGGAACUGGAAUUCAGGUGUCAAUUCAAAUAAAGGUUUUCCUUCAGAAGGCAUUUAUAAAUCAGGAUCCAUCUACUCAAUCAUAAGAAUAACAACCUCAAUAUCAUAUCUUUACAUACCAUACACCCUUCUUGUGCAUUCAGCAGAGACAGCAGAGCGCUUGGAGAAGGAAAAUUUGUUUUAUGGGAAUCAGAGAGGAUCAAAUGUUGGAGUAUUUCUCUCUCACUGAAGUAAACAGCAAAGUUCCCCUGGGACACCGGGAGGCCAAGGCCUGAGCCAGACCUGAACCAUUCCCCCCAGGACUGGUAACCUCUCCUCAGCCAGCCCCACUCAGGAGAGAUGUAGAGUCUCCUAAAAUCAGGGGCACAGGAGCCCCCAGAGAGCUCCCUGGGUACCGGCAGCACUGCGUUAGUCGAGGACUGGAGAGCCUGCACACAGCUGAGUUCAGGAACUCAGGACGUGAGCAGAGCCAGGGGCUCGUCCUUAUGAGGCCCUUUCCCAUAAAAGCUGACUUAGCAGAUGCCCAAAUCUGCUUUCAGAGUUCAGGAAGCACAUGUGAAGUCUGACCCCAUCAGAGGCCAGGGGCCUGCAGGCAGGUUUUCUGUGAGGAUCAGCUGUAAAUACAGGAGGACAACCCAUACACUGACUGCAAUCCAGGCACUUAUUGCCUUGCUCGUUUUCCUGUGGACAGUGUUUAUGAUGUAGGAAAACACAAAAGGUGAGAAAAUACUGAUUUGUGGCCAGCUUUGCAAGAGCAUGUGGGGACAAUAAGAUCUGCCAAACACUCAGUAAGAAAGCACAUUGUUUUGGCUGUGGAAAACACAUCUAACUACCCUGGAGAUGGAGCUGCUAACAUUCAUUACAGGGAGGUGACAUGAGACAGCACAGAGAUUGGAUUUUGUAUCUCAGGAGAUCUCUUUUGGGCCUGAAUUGAAUUUUCCAACACUGAUAUAAUAUUGUAACACCUCUUUCAUGUUCUGCAACACUUAUAUCCAAUUUUAUCAGUCUAAGUGUAUAAGUACCCAUGCUAGUUCCUGUUAUCACACAUAAAAUAUAUUUUCAUGCUUGAUAUCAAUUCUCAGCACAGUUCACAAGGCUGCAACUGCUUCACAGUGCUCCCCACUUGAAGAGAUGAGCAAGGUUUCCAUCACCACGUCUGUCUCCCUUCAUCACACAGUUCAGUUACAGUUAUUUGUGCAAUUUACAGUGAGAUCAGAUUGCAGGGGCCUAUGUGAAAAGGAUCUUCAAAUAAAAGAUGUAAGAGAUUUAGACAGAGGUAAACAAAAUGCCAAUAUACAUUAGCAAGUUAUCACUGAAACUACCAAGAACGUAAGGAGAAGAUUAUUAAUGUAGUGUAGUGAUAGGACAAGGAGCACUGGGUACAAAUUGCAAGAGGGGGAAUUUAGGAUAGAUAUUAGGAAGAAAUUUUUUACUGUGAGGGUGAUGAGGCCCUGGAACAGGUUGCCCAGGGAGGCUGUGGAUGCCCCAACCCUGGAAGUGUUCAAGGUCAGGCUGGCCUUGAGCAACCUGGUCUAGUGGAGGUGGGGGGGUUGGGACUAGAUGAUCUUUAAGGUCCAUUCCAACCCCUUAACAUUCUGUGAUUCUGUGAUUUCCCUCUGAGGAAAAUCUGCCUGCCCUGCCUACUCCCUGAGUGAAGCACUGAGCCUACGUCAUACUAAACUGCAAACAAAUUCUGCUAAAUAGAAAUGAAGAUUAUUUAAUGUUAUCUCAGUAACAGUCAAUUUAUGAAGGUGGAGCUUAUAAAACAAAAGUUCUCAAAGACAUUUUUUCUCCCUAAUGAACAAACAAUUCAAAGAACUUUGCAUUUAGCAACAGAGAACAUUCUAGAGAUAUGGUGUGUGAAUUUACAACAGUACACAAUACACAUUUAUAAUAAUAAAAUGCCAGAAAUUAAGGCUAGCUAUUAAAGUAAUUA